UGGACAGCAACACGACGGCCAACAACAGCAACAACAGACUGACAAAAUGUGCAAAACAAACAACCGGACAGUCUCUGUUGGCGAAAAAUGUGAAAUACCCUUACCCUUCCCCAUGCUCGUACAUUUCGCAACACGCCCCGUCCAGGCGGAGGUGCCGCCGACUUUCAGCGGGACCAUCACCCAGCUAUCGCAUCCACGAGGGUCCUGACCUUCAGCCACCGCAUCCUCACCAGGCACAAACCCAUGACCUACACUCUGCGUGCACCGGCUCCCACAACGCGCACACUCACUCAUUGAUCCUCGACUCUCCUUUCUGUCUCUUCUUUGGAGCCCUGCAUGUUCUCUCCUUAGUCCCUGUCCCUCGCGCCUGAGUCCCUCCGGCCUUCUCACCGCCUACCAUGGCCUCCGCCAGGUAUGCACCUCCAGCGCCCUCUUCCAUCCCCGCCCAGCCUGCCUACCACGGAGCUCCUCCCGCCUCAAAUGCGCCGCCGGGCACCUUUGCUCCUGGCACCAAAGUCCAGGUCGGCAACCACCGUGUUACCAUCGAGAAAUACCUGUCCGAGGGCGGCUUCGCCCAUGUAUACCUGGUCCGCGUCCCCAAGACCUCCGACCAUGCCCAUACCCCCGACAUAGCCGUACUGAAGCGCGUUGCCGUCCCGGAUAGGGAGGCUCUGGCGAACAUGCGGACAGAGGUGGAAACCAUGAAGAAGCUCAGGGGCCACAAGCACAUCGUCACGUACAUCGACUCGCAUGCUUCCCAACUCAAGGGCGGAGGCUAUGAGGUCUUCCUACUCAUGGAAUACUGUUCCGGAGGGGGACUCAUAGACUUUAUGAACACAAGGCUACAGAAUCGCUUGACAGAACCAGAGAUAUUGCACAUCUUCUCCGAUGUUGCCGAGGGGGUCGCCACGAUGCACUAUCUUAGGCCACCGCUAUUGCACAGGGACCUGAAGGUGGAGAAUGUUCUCAUCACAAACUCUGGAUCCUCUAGGAUAUACAAACUCUGCGACUUUGGAUCAACGGCUCCCCCGAGACCAGCCGCUACCACUGCUGCUGAGGCGAGAUUGAUCGAGGAGGAUGUACAGCGGCAUACCACACUGCAGUAUCGGAGUCCGGAGAUGAUCGAUGUCUACAGGAGACAGCCCAUAGACGAGAAGAGUGAUAUCUGGGCCCUUGGGGUGCUUCUGUACAAGCUCUGCUACUACACGACGCCUUUCGAGGAAGUGGGGCAGAUGGCCAUCUUGAAUGCGAGCUUCAAAUUCCCCUCAUAUCCUCAGUUCUCGGAUCGCCUGAAGAGGCUGAUUGCUUCCAUGCUACGUGAGAACCCCCAACAUCGCCCCAACAUCUAUCAGGUCGUGGUUGAGGUUUGCUCCAUGAGACACAGAAGUGUGCCUAUCAAAGAUAUAUAUGCCGACCGGACACAAUCUCAAGACCGGAGAAAUCAGCAAUUGCCGUCAACCGAAUCUUCUGUCGCCUCUUCUCCCCCCGUUAUUGGACUUCAGAAGGUUGCACCCGUGCAGCAAGUGCAAAUGAUUCCAGAGGUCACACCAAUGAGAAGAGGAAGGCCAACCGCACCCAACCAGCAGCCGUCCGGAGCAAAGCCAAGUCCCUCGCCUAUGAGAGGAACGAGCUCUGAUCCAUUUGCUGCGCUAGAUUCUCAAAACAUCCAGGUCCGAAGCGCCGCAGCUGAUGAAUUAGCCGCUCGUUUUCCGUCACUCGAUGAGUUCUCUCUGUUACAUGACCGUGGACAAAAAUUCGAAUUCAGCCAAGGACUACCAUCCAAUAACGUUGUUCCGCAAGACGACCUCAACAAGCGUGUCACUCAGGCCCUUGCGGAUGAGGCUUUUGCUAUACCUCCCAAUAAGAAAGCGGACUCCGCAGCAAUCUCGAAACCAGCCUCUGUUGCGCCUUCGGCCGACCAACCCAGCUCAGCGAAGCAAUUCCGACCUCCGAGAGAGAGCUCUCGCGCAACGGCAUCUCCUUUACAACAGCCUACUCCGCUUAGACCAAGCAAAAUGGUAUCCACCGGCACGCAAACGUCACCAGAGCUGAUUGCUUUGCCUCAACCAUUGCCUGAUGUCAAUAAGAGACCUAUUUGGCGAGUGCCUGACGUUCCUCAUCAUAACCGCACGUUGAGCACUCCCCGUACGUUUGAUAAACCAUUACCCAGUCCUUCCCUCAAGCCGGACCAUACCCUCCCAACACGGCCCACUCUACUGGACUCAAGGACCAAGUCUCUGACCUCUACACUUACCAUCCCAAGGUCUCCGGCUUCGUCACGACCAUCCUUAGAGGGCCAGCGCCCCUCACCGUACGAUCUUGGUGCUGCUCUGGACCGUUCGAAAUCUGCGAAUCCCCAGGCUCGUCCCAGCAGCAUCCAUGUGGAAUCCAAUCUCGACUACCUUCGUGACCGGGAGAAGCGUUCGAGCAGGAACUUCGAUGUAUCCCUGUUGACCCAAGGACCCACGUCACCACCAGUUCAGGAUCUUGAGGCCGAUGUGGAUGAGAAGAAUAUUGCAUCAAACGUUGACUUCUUGAAGUCUAUGGAGCAAGACGAUGCCGGGCAGAAGAAACAUCGCAGAAGCAGCAGCCAGUCAAAACACACCAAGCGAUCUAGCUUGUCAUCUCUCACGAGUAACACCAAAAACAUAGUCAAGGGCAAGUUUGGCGAUGCGUUCCGGAAGUUCGAGAACAACAAUACUGCGGGCAACCGAGGUCUCGAGCCUCCGCUCACGCCUACCGAUACCCUUCUGGAUCCUUCCGGCAAACAGCUCACGCCCAUUGCCGGCUCCGAAGCAACAGGGGAUCAGAGCGAUGAUGACCGCGCCAUCGACGAGACCCAAGAUCUACCCCCUGAGGUCAAACGCGAGCUGGAAAGGAGACGGCUCAGUCAGGAGGAAAAACGCGUUGCAAAUGCGGCAGCAGAAUACAAGAGACGAUUAGCUGAACAAGGCGACCAAGGGAAGGGAGGAAAAGCAGGUUCAACGCGUGCGAGUACAAUCCAGAACCGGGUGAAGAGUCUUCUAGACGAUAGCCAGAAGAGCCCAACAAAGACAAGGACCGCCGAAGGCUAUGGACACUACACCGACACGAAUGCGGGUAAACCGCUCCCACCACAUCCCCAGGAGCUCCAGGGUGGAGUAAGAUCGCAACCCCUUGCACCGCCUGUGGCACGCAAGCCUAUCUUGAACCCGUCCGUGAUUCCGGCGGCUGAUCUCGCCUAUGCAAAGACACGACCUGGUUCCUCGCCGUCUGUGCCUCCAGCCGCAGGGAGAGCCACGACCGGCCCGCAGGCACGACCAUCUGCACCACCUAAGCCCAAGGCAUUGAGGACGGGUAUCGCUGGUGAACACUUGCCGCCAUCAUUUUCGAAUACUGCUUCCUUGUCCCGGGUGGCAACGUCUUCACAGAAUCCACAAGCACCAAGCACAUCCGUCGGAGCCGAGGAUGCCGACUUCGACGUGGAUAGCUUCAGCAAGCGGUAUCCUAGCCUCAGCGGUUUGGAGCUUGUUGAAACCGAGAUACCGCCAGGUUUGGCGCCUGGUGCUUCAAGGCAGAGGGUGCGAGACGUUUGAUUCGUUGCGUGUCGUGCGCUCGCCGCUGAUAUUGAUUGACCUUGUUGCGACCAUUGGGCAUGGGAUGGGUGCAGGAGCUUCCCUUUUUGUUGCAUAAAUGUUCGCAUAUAGCAUUGGUUUUUGCCGCUUGAGGCAUUGAGGGCAGUAGUAAGGAGCGCAGAAUAGACCAGGAAUCAGCAUAUUUCGAGCGCAUCUGUGUAUCAUUCCCUGAUUUUACGAAAAUGCCUC